UUUCAUCACACAGUGAGCAAAGUGGAAAAAUAUGACAAUAAUUACAGCAGCCGCUUGCUGAGUAUCUAGGCUUACAUAUGAUUUUUAUUGCCCGUGAGGUAUUUUUCUCUCUUAUUUUUUGUUUCCCUCGCCGAUCAAUCAGUGGAAUGGUCUGCCUUUUCUCACCUGGAUCGUUUCCACUUCAGCAUGGGAACUGCGGUGUCCAAAAGGAAGAAUCUGAGGAGUGAUGCGAUUUCUUCCGUGGCCGCAAAAGUUCGAGCAGCCAGAGCGUUCGGAGAUUACCUGUCCAACACAAACACAGAGAACCGCAACGGAGCAGAUCAUCUUUUGUCUGACACCUUUCCUGGACAGGACUGCGACUCUCCAGACGUCAGCCGCUUGCACAAAAACGAUAUUCCACAGAGCCGCGGUUUGCCAAUAACUAAAACCAACCAGCCCUGCCAAUCCAAUCCCAGUGCUAAUCCACCGCCUCCGCCUCAGGCCAGCACUGUCCAGGCUGAAGCUCCUGUUGGCCCCAACAAACGACGACUCUCUUCUGAGCGCAGCCUCUCCACAGAGGACAGAGGCACAGAGGGUAGUGUGUUGGUGAAGCCGGCCAGGGUGUACACAAUCACCAGGGAAGGAGGAAUGACCCUGGGGAACCGCGGUAGUGAGGAGAGCCUGGAGCUCGAGGUGCUGAAGGGCUCCCGGGAGCAUCCUCUGCUCCAGGCCCCUACCUCUGCAUCCCACAACCCCUCCUGCACCAGCCAGCCGUCGGCAACAGCCACACGCGGCGGCCAUCACCGUAGCAGCCAUCACCGCAGCAACCAUCAUCAUAGCCACCAGCAGCAAGGAGGCGCGCCGUCAUCGUCUCAGCCACUUCAGAGCUCUGGGAGCGCCAGCAACAUCCGGGACUGGGGGAUGAGGAGAGGGGGGUCCAGGGAGGAGUACACCCCGGACUGUGUGGACUGCAUCCGGGCUCCGUGUCAAAGCCAGCGCUCCCUCGACCUGGAUACUCCACCCCGGGAGGGUGGGAAGCCCCGCAAGAAACUGGAGAGGAUGUACAGCGAGGACAGAGGGUCCACUGAUGACAGAGAAGACAAUCCUAAUAGCUGGUUCCCCAAAGAGAAUAUGUUCAGCUUUCAGACAGCCACCACCACCAUGCAGGCAAUAUCGGCUUUUCGAGGCAUUGCUGAAAGAAAGAGACGGAAAAGAGAGCAGGAGGAAGCCACCGCGAUGGAGAGAAACUUCCGCAAACACCUUAGGAUGGUGGGCAGCCGCAGGGUGAAGGUCCAGACCUUCGCCGAGCGCCGCAAGAGUUUCAGCCGCUCCUGGAGUGACCCCACCCCCGUCAAGCCUGAUUCCCUUCACGACUCCAGAGACAGUGGUGAUCUUCAGACCUCCUCAGGGACACUAGACGAAGGGCUGAGCGAGGACACGGACUGGGGGGAUGAGAGGGAGAUGGAAAGAGCCGCCUGUGAAGGAGAGGACUUCAUCCCACCUAAAAUCAUGCUGAUAUCCUCCAAAGUCCCAAAGGCUGAAUACGUUCCCAACAUCAUCCGUAGGGACGACCCCUCCAUCAUCCCCAUUCUUUAUGACCACGAACACGCCACGUUUGAUGACAUACUCGAGGAGAUCGAGAAGAAGCUGACUGCGUACAGGAAGGGCUGUAAAAUCUGGAACAUGCUAAUUUUUUGCCAGGGAGGUCCGGGACAUCUGUACCUGCUGAAGAAUAAAGUGGCCACCUUUGCCAAGGUUGAGAAAGAGGACGACAUGAUACAGUUCUGGAGACGUCUCAGUAAGCUGAUGAGUAAACUGAACCCGGAGCCUAACCUCAUCCACAUCAUGGGCUGCUAUGUGCUGGGGAGCGCUAAUGGAGAAAAGCUGAUUCAGACUCUGAAGAGGCUGAUGAGACCCUCUUCAGUUGAAUUCAAGUCCCCACUUGAGCUGUCUGCACAGGGCAAAGAGAUGAUCGAGAUGUACUUUGACUUCCGUCUGUUCCGCCUGUGGAAAAGCCGUCAGCACUCCAAGAUGCUGGACUACGAUGACCUCUUGUGACUUGGCCCUCCUUUUGUUGGCCUGUCGGCCGGUGAUCUCUUCUCUGAGCCUGCUGUGGGGUGA